AAUUGGUCAGGCGACUAUUCCAACGUUUAGUAUAGUAGUGGCAAACAAAAUAGAUGUAAGAUUAUAAGAGGAUAGGCAAAGUUGAAGAGACUUGCUGUGUGAGGCUGUGCGUUGCUCUCAAACUGAACUUUAGUGUGACUAAAGAGUAAAAACAUCCUUCAAAUAUCGCAAGCAACAAAAUGGAAUUCUCCUGUGGUGUGUGCCGCAAGUCAUUUACCAAUCGCUUGAUUAAGAACGUCCAUCAAGCAAAUUGUACAGGGAAGGAGAGAGAGGAAACUGCCUCCGCUAGUGCGGUUUCCCGAUUUGAAAAAAUAGUCGGCGCUGGAGCACUUGUGGCAGGCGGUUUGGCAGUCUAUGGAGGUGUAAAAGAACUAAGGGAACGGAGUACAGAUACCGUAGAUUUUCGCAGCCCCGUGAGUCUCAAAGAUCUUAACAGAUUUAUUGCAGAGAAAUUACAACCUACCGAUGAAUUUAACGCAGAAAUGGGAAGAUUAAUUGACAAAAUAUGCAGGUUCCUACACCAAGAAAUGAGGCCUGAUAAAAUUGUCAAGGGAGGAUCGCUAGGGAAAGGGACGGCUGUCAAAGGGAAUUGCGACAUUGAUCUUGUCAUGGUUUUGAAUGAAGUGGAAGAUGCAGAAGAACUGAGGAAAAAGCUACCAACGAUUAUAAACGACGUUAUAGGAAAGUUGAGAAGAAAUAGAGCAGAACUCGCUAUAAUUCGUAACUCUCUAACCAACGCAAGAUUCUUAGUGAAAUUUUCAGUUCAGGGAGAACAUGGGAAAAUUGAUGUUGACCUCUUACCCACGUUUAAAGUUACAGAUCUGCGAAGUCUGUAUCGGAAAAUGAAAAUUGACACGCGCAACAAGGAGUAUUAUUGCGUGGCGUUAGCUAAACAGAAGGUGGACUUUGUUGAAUAUCGUCAACCUAAUGUAAAAAGUUUAAUUCGUCUUGUCAAAUACUGGAAAAAGAAAAUGGUUCGGGAAUUUUCGUCUGGUCGACGGAUCCCAAAUUCAUACCUUAUGGAAUUAAUUACAAUACAUCUUUGGGAGGAAAAUACGACUGGAGAUGGCAGGUUUAAUACGUUGAAAGCUUUUCAUGGAAUUAUGAAAACUUUGGAUGAAUAUCAAUCUCUGAAUGUUAUUUGGAUGGAGAAUUAUCAUGUAAACGACAUACCAUUUCAAGUUCAAUGCACACGGCCGUUGGUAAUGGACCCAGCUAAUCCAAUGGACAACGUGUGCGAGCCAUUCGUUUGGGAAGAAAUCCGCCGCGCAGCGAGAGAAGUCCUUGAAAGUCCAAUGAUGUAUGGCGUUUCCUCGGACAGUUGGAUUUAAGAAACUCAGAUUUGCCGAUCAUCUUUUUAUUUUUCUCGCAUGAAUUACAUCUAAGGCUUAGUUUAUUCAUCGCCUUUUAGCGCGUCGAAUUAGUACACAUUGGAAUUUUUUUUUUUACGUUUUGGGAUUUGAAAAUACGUUUUCACGUUACAGUAUUAUAAAAAGAUAAGAGCACGUGCACAAAUCGAAUUGAAAUUAAUUAGCCAGCAUUUUAUUAUAUAUCACAAGGUAUAUGUCACGAAAAAAGCAGUCACGAAAGUCAACAAGUAAAUA